GCACGCCUGGGCAAGAGCUUGGUGUAUCUAUUCCAUUCUGUGUCUAGUUUUCUGGUCCACCUGAUCGAUCUGUUUGGAUUCGUCUUAGCUAAACUUGUACUGGUUCAGUCCAGCUGCGCCACAAUCAAGGAACGAAUUAAGCCAGCUGGAGUCUUUGCUGCGGAUCCUUCAGAUCAUGGGUUAGAUUAAACAAUCCAAUUCAACUCCAAAUGAACCUGAAGAUCAAUUCAAUACAUCAUGGUGUGGGCCAUCGCUAUCAAGGCAAAUACCAUCGAUGCUGCAGCAGGAGAGAUACUCGGUAUUCUGGAUGGCAUCAGCAAACAUGAAAGAAAUAUCUACUUCGAUGGCUGGUGUGCACUCGGGGCAUCUGCUGCUCUCAGAGUGGCAGCCCAACGUCUGAAAUCACUGGCUGCUAAAGGAAGGAAAUUUGACAAGGUUGUCCACGUGGAUUGCACAUUGUGGCAAAGCAUGAGAGCCCUGCAAAAGGCAGUUGCCGAGGAGCUAGAGCUUCCCCAGUCGGUGAUGGCCAUCUUUGAUCAGUAUGAUGAGGAGGAUGAUUUCAAUGGGAUAGACCAAGGCUCUAGAGGGAUUUUAUUUGAUGUCAGAGAGGAGAUCUUCAGAAAGCUUGCUAGCAGUACAUUUGUGGUGUUUUUCCACAACGGGAGCAAACACUACAUUGAUCUAUACGAGUGUGGCAUCCCUGUAACAACAUUUUUGAGUAACAAAGUGGUGUGGACCUGGGGUGGGGGUUUUCAUCUGCUCUAUGAAAAUCUGGGGCUUCAACUUGGCAACAACAAGGUUGAUGUUUACAUGGGAAGUGAAGACUUGCACUAUCAUGUAUUGCAUGAAGAGUCCGCGGAGGUUGCCAAGCGUGUCGGUAUUCUUGAUCCUGAUAAGAUAGCCGAGUGCUUCCAAUAUGUUUGGGCACGAAGACUUGUGAGUCAUAUCGACUGGGAGAUGCAUGCUUCAAACUAUUGGGUAAGCGACGGGAUUAUACAAGAUCAAGGAGAUACAUCGGCAUGGGAGGUUGGCAAUGCUUUGAAGAGAAACAUACACUUGGAUUGGAUUAUGGAGUCUACUACCUACAUGGCAGAUACUGGUGUUCGCAUUUCCAGUCCUAAAGACCGUUGGGUCGCCGUCACACAGCAAGCCCUGCUACAUGAUGACAUUGUUGAGUUGCCUCCUGAGGCGACAUCUUUCUUCCUCCUAGAAGAUAAAUCAGAUGGUAGGAGGGUGAUAUUACCAGCUGUCAUGUUCCCACACAACAAUAGACUGCGUGUGUUACAUCUGUCUUGGUGCACCUUCAGUUUCACAUCUCCUCCCUUCCUCUGUUGCAUCCACCUAAGAUUCCUCCUGCUGGACCAUUGCACAGAUGUGAGAGGUGAGGAACAUGAAGGCAACAACCAAAAUGAAUCAUGUUUCCAGAAGCUGUGGGUGUUGGACCUGAGGCAUACAGACUGGUACUCAAUUUUUUUUAUGUGUUUGAUGGAUGAACUCAGGGAACUGAAUGUGGAGGGAAUCAAGGAUUGGAGGAUAGUUGAUCUAUGUGGCAGUAAAGCUAGCCUUGUCAAGCUCCGAGUAGCAGCCGACCCAGACUCUACCACAGAAAUAGCCAUGCAAUGGCCAACCCUUAACAUGUCGAGAGCCAUCCACCUUACGGCAGUCAUCCUUGAGAACUGUGUUGGGUUGGAACAAGUUGUCCCUGAUGCUCUGCCCCCAUUGCUUGAGUCAUUUAGCUUCAUUAUCAGUGAUGUUGUUAUUGCUAAGAUAUCAAGCAUCUCCUUCCAGGGCCUUGCUAAAUUGAAUAGUGUGUUACUGAGAGGCUUGAUGGGGGCCCUCGAGGAGUUGGACCUCUCAGGCACAGAAGUGAAGACCGUCGACCUCAGAGAAAUGGUAGCAGUGAACCUCAAGCAGCUCAUCCUACUAGGCUGCGAGAAACUGAAAUCAAUACAAUGGCCACCAGCUGGCAAAAGUACAAGGAAUUUGGAGUUGUUUCACAUCAGCACCAUCAGAUCUGCAUCAUCUGGCCAAGCUAAUUGGGAAGAAAAGAGCAAGGAGACUAGUGCUGCUAUAGGAUCAUCUGCAAUUCCUGCUGAAAAACCAGCUAGAUCCUUUGAUUGGUACAUCUCUACAAGGGAUGCAAGGCUCCUUAGGUCCCUAGCGCCCUUCAAAGAAUAUUUCGACUCCGGGGGUGGAUGUAUGGAGAUGGCUUCAUCUUCUGCAAGUACUGAUGUUGUUGGUGACAGUGAAUGUGUUCAAGGAAUUAGACAGCCUGGUCAUUAUUUCUAUGCAAGAGAUGUAAUCUUUCAAGACUACCUAAAUGAUGUUGAUACUAAUGGAGGUGCUAUCAGGUGGAUGUGGGCUGGUGCGCCUGCCCUUGCUGUUGAUAGAUUCAAGGACUGGUAUGUCCACCUACAAGAUGAACUGGGGAUGGAAAGUGGAUUGCUGCAGCAGCAGGGCAGCACCCAAGGAACUAGUACUAGAGCUGCUUUAAUCCCUAAAUUUAUAUGCAACCAUGCUAAGAAGUUGCAUGUGCAUGACAGCUUUUCCAUCACUAGCAUCCCAGUCCCACUAGUUAACUAUACAUCAUGGACCUACCUUAAAUGGUGUCAAGUUGAGAGGUGCCCCAAGCUAAGCUCUGUCUUUGCUACUCCCACACCAAGUGAUGAUGAAAAUUGGUGGUUCCAUUGCUUUUCUAUGUUGACCACAUUCUGGGCAUCCAAGCUCCCAAAGGUGCGCUACAUCUGGAAGUGGAGUGUAAGUUUCCAACCACAAAAAAGUUCCUUUCAAGACCUAGAAUUCUUGCACCUAGACUAUUGCCCCAGGCUCAUACAUGUGCUCCCCUUAUCCACACAUAUGACUACCUUACCUCGCCUACAAACCCUCGAGAUCGUGUGUUGUGGUGAUCUUGUUGAGAUCUUCCCUUUGGACCCUCAGCGCCAAGAGAAGCAAACAAUUAUAAAUUUCCCCGAGCUGAAGCACAUCAACCUACAUGAUCUCCCCAAGUUGCAGCUCAUCUGUGGAAAAAAGAUGUUAGCACCAAAGCUCGAGACUAUCAAGAUACGGGGCUGCUGGCGCCUUAGGCGCCUGCCUGUCAUUGGCAAGCAAUGUCCCAAGGUGGACUGCGAGAAGGACUGGUGGGACAACUUGGUGUUUGAAGAGGGUGAUGUGAACUACUGCCCUUCGCUCUACAAGCCGGUCCACUCGAGGUACUACAAGAAGGCCCGGCUGCCAAGAGGAACCGUACUCAGGUGAUCCAUUUCUUCAUUGAGUUGAUCUUCAGCCUGCUUCAAGCUACAUAUGCAUAUCGACCUACGAAGUUGAAGAUUUCUCUGUGGUAUAUGGCUUUGUAUUUUUUUUCAACUUCAUGUUUGCUUGAUUGGGGUGUGCUCUGCAUCCGCAUUGCCAUGGUGUGGCUUUGUGCCUGCAUCUUUGUACAUGGUUGACGUGAUGUUGCGUCUUCCAGUUUGGUUUGAUUGGGUCAGCUUUGCUGGACUGGCCCCGUAUAUGCAUCAAAGCAAGUAUCUAUCAUCUGGUUUGAUAGAUUAUGGGUACAGGCUUUGCCCAAGACAGAAAUAAAUAGGAGUAGCAUUAAGCUUACGUGGCGUGAGGCCCGGUGUGCUCAUGUUGCUGCUAUGCUCUCUCUGUGUGGUGUGUGAUUUGUGAGCUAUCGGCUGUUUGUUGUAAUAAUUUGUUAUGCUCUGACUUCCAUAUAAGUAAUGGCGAUCAAGCUUGUGCGUUUGAUUUUUGUAA